AUGGAAAAUUCGAAAAUAGCUGGAGCUUUGUCGGAAGAAGAAAGUGACGCAGAGGAGGAAGCGGAUCCUUGCAAGCAUCGCGCUGAUGCAGCGUACGAAAACUAUGACUACAACUUGCUGGAGAUAUCACAACAAGAAAAGGAGGCGAAGAAGGAGCUCAACGAAAUUUUCCACAAGAUAAACGGCACCAGCGAACCAGAAGAGGCAGUAUUGGACUGGCGAGCUCGUAUUAAUGAUCCUGUCAAUACAGUAGUAUUGCUGAAUACUCAUGCUGCUAAACCUGUGAUACUGGCGACCUCGCUUGCGGCCGAUAAGUUCGCUGACUUGUUGGUAUCAAGAUUCACAAAACGCAUCUCAUUGCCGAUCUCUGCCUGUAUGGAACUACUAUCAGGCAAUCUGUUUUUGAAAAGGUUUAUGUUCUGUUCAACUUGUAACACUAUUGUGUCCACACAAGCAGGUAUCGAUGCGCAUAACAAGUCGAAGUGUGGUGUAGAAGGGCUUAUUUCUCUCUAUUGUCCACCAACUCCUGUGAAUGCGCAGAUUGAAUGUCCAUCGUGUUCAGUCAAGCUCUGCUCAAUUUCUGCUUUACGUGGUCACAUGGCUAUACAACACGGUGUUUAUGUUGAGUACAAAAAUAUUACUCAGGCACUAGGAUGCACGUCAGAAUGUAAUGCUAGCCUCCAAGAACUGGCGUCCCGUUAUCCGGACACUAGGUCGGCAGUGGCCCGUGAUACCGAUAGCGCCCUUUGGUUACGUUAUGGAGUACUGCAACCGAAGACCCAGUUUGAUAUGCAGCUCAAAUUGGCGAUGAAGUGGGUCAGCCCCGCAGAAAUGACGCUAAAGGAAUUCGUAGGCAUUCGUUCCAGAGGAAUCCGAGUGACAGGCGUAGAACGAAAAGAUGGUACAGCAGCAGGUGGGAUUCAAAACACGCCUCGAAACUUACAACGUAAUGCCGUACAAGCCCGACGCACAGCAUUCCCGGCAUUGGACAAUAUGACUCCAAAGCCAGUGGCAGAAGUCAAAGACGAUCAACGGCAAAUGGGGCAGCAGCAGACUCCAACCUCCAACCAGAACCUCACUCAGCACUAUAUCAAGCCAUUUGUGCUGGUCAAUCAUACAAAAUUCAAAGUGCUGUCCUAUGAGAUAUAG